AUGCCAGAAACCAGGCUUUCGGCUGACGAAGUCGCGAAUCUUACUUUAACAAUGGCUAAUUCUAUGGCCUUGUUAACACAGCGUAAUUGUAUUCAAUUCGCUACCGCGCCGAUACCCACUUUCGAUGGCGAGAAUCCAGCUUUGUCGGUUUUCGCUCAGAGUGUAGAAAACGGGCUCGCGUUAAUACCAGAUACGUCGGAAACAGAGUAUCUGAGUAUCGUGUUGACUAAACUCACCGGUCCGGCGCGGAUUAGUAUCCAAGAUAAACAAUUCAACAAUGUAACUCAAUUGUUACAACAUUUGAAAAAACGAUACGCUCCUGGGAAGAACUUGGCGUAUUUCCAAGCUGAGGUUUCGCGCCUUAAAAUCCGUGAGGACGAAUCACUAAGGAAGUACAUCGACAGAGCCAGCAAACUUGCCCAUGGAUCUCGUAUCGCGAUCCGCGAGAGGUACACGACCAACGUGGAUCAGCUCAUCAAGGAGAUGGAAAUGGACAUCUUGGAGAAUUUCCUUGAGGGUUUACCGGAGCGUGUGGCCUGGAGAAUCGCCGCUCUGGACAAAAAGAUUAAAACUUUAGAAGAGGCGUACGAAGCUGUGUUACAAAUUGAACGUCGCCUCAAGAACCGACGACAGAUUCAGGAGAAGGCAUCACCUAGUCGUCGUAGAGAAGAGGAUUUUCUCAGCUGGAGACGUCCUCGAGAGAAGGAACACAGGCGUGUGUACCCUCAGUCACCGUCACCCUAUCGGCAAAGACCAAGGGAUCGCAGCACAUCUGGUUCCGAACCGGAGUUCGAAGAACGAGCUUCACGUGCAACGGCGUUGACUUUACGUAAGCAUGAUUAUUCACGCUCUCCAAACCACUCACCGGAGGCGCCAAAAUAUGACGAGCCGUUCAACACCAAACACGAUGUUUACGACUUUUAUUGCGCAAACUGCAGUACGGAAGGGGCUGAAAUUUCCUAUUACCAUAAAACCUUGGUAACUCGUAACCAACCUAUUAAACCUAUAUUCUUCAGUAAUGCUGAGGAGAUGGAACUGCAUCCAGUAUUGCCAAUUAAACAUAGAUUGCCAGGACGCACAGCUCUCCAAAUUGCAGUUCCAGUCGCAAAUCCGGAGGUUAUGGAAGGGUACCUAGCACGAAUCAAGACUCCUGAACAGGUCUACAUUGGAGAAGCAGCAGUCUGCAAUCAUGAUGGAAUUUGCUAUGUCCUAGCCACAAACACCGGAGAAGACGAAAUCGAAAUCGACAUUGAACCACAACGCAUACAUCCGUAUGAGAUUUUUGACUCAUCAGAUGACGAUCCUAUUCCUUCGUAUCUAGCAAAGGAAACAAAGGAAGACAGAACUACACGAAUCCAAGAUCUUUUAAGGACCGAUCAUCUAAACUCUGAAGAACGACAACAUGUGUUCAAAAUUGUCAGGGAAUUUUCUGAUAGAUUCUUCCUACCUGGAGAUAACCUGGGCAAGGUUCCAAAUUUUCAUCACUCCAUUUACACAACAGACGACAUUCCGAUUAAUACUAGACAGUAUCGGUAUCCACCAGUACAUCAGGAGGAGAUACAACGACAGGUUGGAGCUCUGCUAUCGCAGGGUAUUAUUAGACCAUCCACCUCACCAUACAAUUCUCCUUUAUGGAUUGUACCGAAGAAACCGGACGCCGAUGGUAACAAACGUUGGCGAAUGGUAAUCGACUUUCGUGCAUUAAACGAAAAAACAACAGGCGACAAGUUUCCAUUACCUAAUAUUCCAGAAAUACUAGACAAGGUAGGCGGAGCAAAAUACUUCUCAAUAUUUGAUUUGGCAAAUGGAUUUCAUCAGAUUGAAAUGAACCCAAAGGACAGACAGAAGACCGCGUUUACAACCCCACAUGGACAUUUCGAGUUUGUGCGUAUGCCUUUUGGUUUGAAGAACGCACCACCGACAUUCCAACGCGUCAUGAACCGGGUAACAUCAGGCCUGGAAAACGUACUUGUGUUCAUAGAUGAUAUGAUUGUUUUUUCUUCAUCGCUGCGUGAACACGAAAUUAAAGUUAAAAAACUAUUCGAUCGCCUCAGGGAAUAUGGACUUACUCUACAGACUAAUAAAUGCGAAUUCCUACGCAAAGAGGUUGCCUAUCUGGGACACAUUUUGUCUGCUGACGGGGUUAAACCAGAUCCUAGGAAACUUCACGCCGUAAAAAACUUUCCGAUUCCAAAAACACAGAAGAAUGUGCAACAGUUUCUGGGACUGACGGGAUACUAUCGCCGAUUCAUCAAGGAUUACUCUCUAAAGGCAAAACCACUAGUUCAGCUGUUGGGAAAAGGAACCCCUUUCCAAUGGACUGAAGAACAACAAGGGAGUUUUGAACUAUUGUGUAAAGAACUCUGUACACAACCAAUAUUACAAUAUCCAGAUUUUGAACGACCAUUUGUUAUCACGACGGAUGCUUCGGAUCAUGCGAUUGGGGCAGCCUGGGAAAAUAAACAAAAACGCAGACGCUUUAUCCCGGAACCCUCCUACAGUCUGUCUCCCUUUGAUUCCACGAGAAGACAAGGAGUUCAAAGUGCCAAUACCAAACCCGGACCCUCAGCCGGAUACCAUUGGUCGACGCAUCCAUGA